AUGCAGAUUCUUCAAAAUGUUGAGGAUAUUGUACACCAUGCCCUUCCAGUAAAAAAACUGAAGGAUUCCUUCAGUGAUCUAACCACUGCUAGAAAUUUGAUUCUGAAACGAGUCACAUUUUGUCAAUCCAGGAUUGAUGUAAGUAAAUGUUCUAUUUCUUAUAAUUACAUCACAUACAUGUAUAGUUUGUCAAUGUUGAUGACUUGAAGGCCUAUUUGAACUUAACAUGUUCACAACUGCUUAGGAUGGCACCCAGAUGUUACAUCAGAGUGUGCCUCUACAUGUAUUGUAUACCACCAUUUACUGUGGCACCCAGAUGUUUCAUCAGAGAAGCCCAUGAGUCUUGGUGUGCUACUGUGUGAGUAA